GCUACGUGGCUCUUAUAGGGCAGCCCAAUGCGGGCAAGAGCACGCUGCUGAACCGACUGAUCGGGCAGAAGCUGUCGAUCGUCACACAGAAGCCGCAGACCACCCGGCACCGCAUCCUGGGCCUCGUCUCCGCGCCCGCCUACCAGAUCAUUCUGUACGACACGCCCGGGGUACUAUCCAAGUCAAUGCACAAGCUGGACGAGCUCAUGAUGCAGGCGGUGCGCACUGCUACAGUCAACGCCGACGCUGUUGUCCUCGUUAUAGACAUCACCCAGGCGCCCCAAGAGGUAUCGAAGCUGCUACUAGAGGGGAUGGAGAGUGCAGUGGUGCAGAAGAAGCCGACCCUCAUAGUGCUGAACAAGAAGGACUCGCUGAAGCCGGGGGAAGUUGCCAAGAAGCUCAAGUGGUACCAAGACGCUGUAGCAGCAGAUGGGAACACGGUGAUCACUCUGAGUGCCAAGAGGGGCGAAGGGGUGGAUGGGCUGCUGGCGUGGAUGCUCGAUAACAUCCCCCAGGGCCCCGCUUACUACCCCAAGGACGUGGUGAGCGAGCUACCAGAGCGGUUCUUCGUGGCUGAGAUAGUGAGGGAGAAGAUUCUGCUGCAGUACUCUCAGGAAGUGCCGUACGCCUGCCAGGUGACAGUGAGGGCGUUCAGGGAGAGGGAGAAGGCAAAGGACUACAUCAGUCUUGACAUCAUGGUGGAGCGGGACAGCCAGAAGGCCAUCCUGCUGGGGAAGGAGGGCAAGCAGCUCAAGGCGCUGGCAACGGCAGCUCGGAUGGACAUAGAGGAGUUUCUGGGGCGAGAGGUGUUCCUGGAGAUCCGGGUGAAGGUGAAGGAGAAGUGGAGGCAGGACGAGACGCUGCUGAAGGAGUAUGGGCUGGAUGUGCGCAAGAGAGGCUCCUGCGUGGACGCCUGA